CAUACACGCUGACAGAAUGGCCUCGUCAUCAAGCCGCACGGCCCUCACGAGGCUGGCAAGUACAUCUACUAGCACUUCAUCAUCUGCUGCUCGCUAUGCCUCGACCUCGGCAACGAAGGCAGCCCCCCCGGCAUCGUCCCCCCCUCCUCCUGCCUCCCCAUCAUCCCUAGUCCCUCCGCGCAACAUCCUCCACCCCAGCCCAUCAACAUCAAACUCCACUGCCUCCUCUGCUCACUCUCCCCUCACCCAUCUCACGGUAGGCCCCACCCAGCUCAAUCGAUACGAAGAGCACUAUCGUCGUACCCUCGCCCCCUCGCUCCUCUACAUGACGCACGACCCCGAAUGGUCCAAGCUCACUGCCAGCGAAAAGCUCGCCGCAGCCCCAACGUCCGACUCUGUUCGUAGGUGGGACCCCAGCAAUCCGUACGCAAAGAAUCGUCCCGCUCGCCCGCCGAGGGGAGCGAGGACGUUGCAGCCAGGCCCGGUGAAACCCAAUUUCGAGGACCCGACCAAAGACCUCGUCGCUCUGGACAGGGUGGUAUUGACCGCCUUCUGCGAAGAUGCCAUCAGCAGCAAACAUGCCCUCCUUCCUCUCGUGGCGCAAUUCCGUGCCAUUACAGGACUCACGCCCAGGGGAUCAUGGGCAGACCCUGCCUCUGGUUUGGACCACAAGGAUGCGACUACCACGCACCUCAACAAAGCGCAGGGUCACAUCUCGAUCCUCCGUGCCAAAUCAGGCGUGGCUUCAUUCAAGAUUCGCCCCGGUAUGCCCGUCGGUGUACAGGCGGUCCUCCCUCGGCCUGUCGCAAUGGACUUCCUAGACGUCCUCGUCACCUUCGUCCUGCCGAGGAUGAGGACAUUCCAGGGCUUCCUCCUUCCGCCCUCCAGCCAGCCAGAGGGAAGCCCGGCAGCCAUGAGCGGAGUGGUCAGCUUGGGAAUGAGACCAGAGGCAAUGGGCUACUUCCCGCAGACGGAGGUGAAUUGGGAUGCGUAUAGCAACAGGGGGAUUGGGUUCCAGAUCGAUUGCAUCACCAACCAGCGAGGGCCUAGGGCCACGCUUCGGGCAAGGCAGCUUCUGAGUGGGUUGGGAGUACCCUUCGUCAGGAGAGGUGACGUGCGCUAAGAGAAAGCGCGCUGUAUAUCGGCGCCUAGCAAUGGCAUUCAUGAUGACGCAGACGAUAUGCGAGGCUGACGCUCAAGACGCUGAGUGCGAAUUUCGUGGCAUUUCGAGUCGAGAAAGAAGAUCGUAAGUGGUCGUCAUGAUCAUGAGUUCAAAGAC